CUUUAGCAACCAAUCGCAGGAAGGGAAGCGGAAGGGCCUCAUUUACAUGGUCCGCCUAUAAAUAGAACCGCCGGAGCAAGCAGCUUGCUAUUCGCUCGCGAGCUAACAGCGUUAAUCAUGCCUGAUCCAGCAAAGUCCGCACCAGCCCCCAAGAAAGGCUCCAAAAAAGCCGUCACCAAGACUCAGAAGAAAGAUGGCAAGAAGCGUAGAAAGAGCAGGAAGGAGAGCUAUGCCAUCUACGUGUACAAGGUGCUGAAGCAGGUCCAUCCCGACACCGGCAUCUCAUCCAAGGCAAUGGGGAUCAUGAACUCCUUUGUCAAUGAUAUCUUUGAGCGCAUCGCAGGAGAAGCUUCUCGCCUGGCUCACUACAACAAGCGCUCCACCAUCACCUCCCGGGAGAUCCAGACUGCCGUGCGCCUGCUACUACCCGGAGAGCUGGCAAAGCACGCCGUGUCUGAGGGCACCAAGGCUGUCACAAAGUACACCAGCGCCAAGUAA